CACUGCUAACCUCAAACGCUGACCCCGAGGAGCCCUGAGGUCCGUCUCGAUAUGCCCAACAACGUUAACGCAUCCACUCAAGUGCAAAAACCGCACAGUCGCCAGAAUUCUACGUCUGUGCUGUGGGGUCAUCUCCUCUCGAAGGACAGCAUCACUCCCGCACUCGCUCGAAAUAGUGCUUCAUCUUACAAUUCCUCAAUUCCUCCCAUCGCACCGGCAGACAAGACAGGAACGACGGGGAACUACUCCUGGGAUGAAAGGGAACUUGACAAUUUGCGCGGCUUACUUUACCUUGCUGGGAUGAUGGCUCACUCUUACGGCACCUUGAACUGCCUGUAGUCCUCUAUCAUUCUGAUCGAAUGCGGUCAACGCUCCAAUCGCUGCCUGAGAAUAAGUCUACCAGGCUACAGCGGGCUGUCUGAUAUGUCGGUUGCCAAACGUCGCGACAGACGUAUGCUCUUGCGAUUGUCGUGUGCAAUUACUCCCAGAGCGAACCGCCAUUUGCACCGAUCAUCGACAUCGUAUUUGAAGAGACGUGUAAGCGAG